GGGCUAAAAGUUACGUUAGAGCAAACGGCGUUGAACUCAGCGUUAAUGCAGACAUUAGACGCGAAUAAAACCCAAGAUGUUAACUGUUCAUCUCCCUCUUCUGCCUCUGGUUCUCGCAAAAAUACCUCUAUACUGUGGCUGCUUCAGAUUAGCACUCGUAACUAGCUCUGCCAUUGACUUAUUAUAAGCCCUGUAAAUUAUCUUCGUUUCAGCUUGGCAUGCAUGUUUCCAUUAUGACAAAUUACCUGUUCACUUUACUAGGACUGUCGUGAUUUUACAGGGGGUUUUAAUACAUGUAUUAUUGAUCUUAUCUUGGUACAUUAACCAUUAAACGCCUUAAAAUGUUGCACACUUGGCUUGCCGAUAGCUUUCGUCAUCAUGGUCCUAGAGCCGUCCCCCAUCCAGCAGCCAGUCAACAGCAAUCACCGUGUCUCACAGUAAAUGCAGUCGUGUACCAGACAUUUUCCAGGCAUUAUCGACCAACUAUUAAUGCCCGGGUUCAGAUAUAAAGAUGGCCUCUCCUCAGCCUGGCAGCCCACCUAUUGCAGAGCAAUACACCCCUCCUGCACAGGAUAAAGAGAGCCAGCAAGAGGAAGAAGUGUUGAGGGAUCAGCCUGCAAAGAAACGUGGCAGAGGCAGGCCUCCAAAAGCCAAACCUUCCUUCAAAUGCUCUACGUGCACAGAAGCUUUCAGGAGUCUGUCAGCUCUGCGGAGCCACAAGCUUUCAGCACACGCAAAGGACCGUCAGCAGCAACACUCAUGUUCUCAGUGUUCCAAAAUGUUCUCCAGUAAGGCUCAGCUCUCAAAACAUGAGCGCACUCACUCAGCCCAGCGCCCUUUUCAGUGUCCUGACUGUCACAAGGCUUACAAGACACCCACAGAGCUACGCAACCAUAGCCGCUCUCAUACCGGGGAGAAACCUUUCAUAUGCACAGAGUGUGGUAAAGCCUUCAUGCAAGCUAUAUGCCUGAGGAUCCAUAUGACACAGCACAGCGGAGAGCGCCCUUACUCUUGUCGUCAGUGCUCCAAGAGCUACCCCACCCUGUCUAAACUGAAGGUGCACAUGCGCUCUCACACAGGAGAAAAGCCAUACUUCUGUGCUGAGUGCGGUAAGAGUUUUGCUGACCCUUCAGUGUUCCGAAAACAUAGGAGAAACCACCAGGGCCAUCGGCCGUAUGCCUGUGACAAGUGUGGGAAAACGUACACAGAGCUGAAGGACCUGAAAAACCAUGAGCGCUCCCACACUGGAGAAAAACCAUUCCUGUGCUCAGACUGUGGCAAAGCCUUUUCCCGCUCCUCCUCUCUGGCCUGCCAUCAGCGCAUCCACUCACAGAAUAAACCCUAUCAGUGUGAGCAAUGUGGCAAAGGCUUCACCCAGCUGUCCUCCUACCAGUCCCAUCUCCGCACUCACUCUGGUGAGAAGCCAUUCCUCUGUCCACAGUGUGGCAAGAUGUUUUCUGAUCCAUCCAGUUUCCGUCGCCACCAGCGAGCACACCUGGGUUUCAAGCCCUACCCCUGCGAUAAGUGCUCCAAGAGGUUCAGGCAGCCAGCUGAUCUGGCUGUGCACGAACGUGUUCACUCUGGAGAGCGGCCUUACAAAUGCCAGAGCUGUGACAAGGCCUUUGUAGCAUCGUGGGAUCUGCGGCGCCACAUGCUUGUCCACACAGGACUCAGGCCCUUUUCGUGCACUGAGUGUGACAAGUCAUUUGCUGAGCGCUCCAGCCUCAACAAGCACCGGCGUGUGCACUCUGGUGAGAGGCCUUUCAAAUGUGAGGAGUGUCUGAAGUCAUUUGUUGUAUCUUCAAGCCUGCGCAAACAUGAGAGAACUCACCUAGCUGAGCAGUCUGAGCAGCAGCAGCAGCAGCAGCAACAGCAACAGCAGCAGCAGCAGCAGCAGCAGCAACAACAACAGCAACAGGAGACAGAGGCAGGGUCAGCUUCAGGUUUUACUGCCCACACAACUCUCCCUCAGUUCUCCUGCACACACUGUGAUGCUACAUUUGGAACCUGGGAUGAAGUUCAGGCACAUGAAAAUCUCCACUCUAUCGACUCUACUCCUCCGACUGUUACCAAAAUUGUGCCACUGGGCUCACAUGUCUGUGAAACCUGCCAGGCAGAGUUUUCUCAGCUGGCAGACUUACAGGAGCACGAGAAGCAGCAUCCCAAGCCGAGGCCUCAUGUCUGCAACAGCUGCGGCAAAGGAUUCCUCAACAAAUCUGGACUACGUAAACACCAGAAGAUCCACUCCACCAACAAACCACACAGCUGCCCCCACUGCAGCAAAGCCUUUCUGUUUGCCGCCUACCUUCGCAAGCACUUACGGACUCAUGCAGACACCCCCCAGGUCGCCACACAACUCAGUGACCUCAACAUUAUUCACACAGACCCACUCCCGUCUCCUCCACCCCCCAGUGAGGUUUCCCCCUCCACUGUUGAACCCAGCACCAUAUCCCUGACGGUUCCAGUCACUGUACCUGUGACUGCUUUUCAGAGUCUGCCAGAGUACUUAGUCAAAGAAGAGGGACUCUAAACUUUUUUUACUGUUUCACAACUAUGAUUCCACCAAUAUUUAGCUAGCGGCCUUAAAUCUUUUUCAAUGAUGGGUCUUAUUUUGAAAAAAAGAUAAAGGGUUAUUUUUCAAAAUAACUUCCCUCAAAAACUUCCAAAUACAGUCUAGUACAUGUAAAUUGUUACUGCUUUGUCACUGUUUUGUAUUGCCAUGAUAUUUGUAAGAUGUUAUGCAUAAUGUUCAUGUUUUAAAAUAUAUACUAUACUAUAAGUAGCCUAUAAAGCAAUUGUCUUAUCUGUUGUAAUUUUUAACAAGUGGUGUUGCAAACAUACAGUAUUAUGACCACUGUAAAAUCUCACAUAAAAAUGUUGUGAUUUCUGGUUUUUUAAAAUGCAUUUUUAAUUGCAGCCUGUCUUAAAUUCUAUACAUCAUGUGAAUUUACAUUUUGUCAACAUAAUUUGUACUGUUUUAUUGUGUAAUUAUUUGUAAUUACUGUCAUCUAAUAUUAUGAAAAUUGUGAAGUAAAAAAAAGUGAGUGGAAUUCCAAAAUGUUUUAUCAGUGGAAUUCAGCUUUUAUAACAAUAAAAUAUGUGUAAUGUGUAAAAAG